CUAUAAAAUAGCUUAGUUUGUAAAUUUUUUGCUAAAUAAUAAUUUUUGAUAAAUUUCUAGAAUAUUUUUGUUGUUUAAUUAUUUAGAAAAUGAGUGCUAAUACAGGAGAAGGGACCUCAACUGAGCUUUUGGAAUCCAUAAUUGGAGGAGAAGUUUCAGUCGAGCAAUGGGAACAGUACAAAGAGCAAAACAGUUUUUUAGGAAUGGAAGAUUCUGGUAGUGAAAGUGAUGGUUCUAAUUCUAUGUCACUUUGUGACGAUAUGGAAGUUGUUACUAAUGUAGAAGUAGUUGAGUUAGAUGGAAAUGAACCAAUUUAUGAAGAAUCUGAUGAAGAUAGCAAUGAUCAAGUAACUUGGGGUUAUGAUGCUGCCAACAAAUACAUACGGGGUGAAAUUUCAAUUGGGGACAUGUUUGAAAUUGCUGAAGGAACUUCUGUUAAGCAACCAGCUCGUAAAAAACUUUGUACAGAUAAAACCAAAAAACAAAUAGAAUCCAAACCUCAAGGACAAGAAGAGGAUGUUGAAAUUUUUGAAGGAUCUGGAAAGCAGCCUCGAAAAAUAAAAAAAGACCGAAAAAAACAAAGUGUUUUACCUAAACACCUCUUGGGCUUGAUGGGGGCUGCAAAUUUAGCCUUUGCCAAUGGAAAGACUGAAGAAGCUUUAAAAAUGUGUUUAGAACUUAUUAAAUUAGCUCCUAAUGCUAAUGAACCCUUUCAUACAUUGGGUCUAAUUUAUGACGAACUGGGAGAAGCUCGUAAAGCAUUUCAGUGUUACUUAGUUGCUGCUUUUUUAAAUCCCUCCGACACAGAUGAAUGGAUUCGUUUAGCAGAGCUAUCAAUAGAACAUAAUGAUAUUAAGCAAGCAGUAACAUGUUAUACUCGAGCUCUUCGUAAUGAUCCAAGUAAUAUCAGUUACUUGUGGGAGAGAUGCAAUUUGUAUGAGCAGUUGGGAGUUCGAAAGAGAGCUUUGACUGGAUAUGAACUAAUCAUCAAACAUUUGAGUUCACCAGAAGAUGGUGAAAAGUGUGCUGAUAUGGCUAGAGAAAUUGCAAAGAUGCAUCAUGAUAAUAAUGACGACAGUAAUGCUGUCAAAGUAUUGGAGACAGCAUUUACAAAAUUUCCUUCUUUGAUUACUUCUGAAGAUGUAAAUUUUCUGAUUGAGUUACAACUGGGUCUGAAGAUGUAUAAAUCUGCUGUUAAGACUAUGGCACAGCACUGUGAGGUAAAACUAAAAAUUCCUGAUGACCUAAUCGUUUCUGUAGAAGACUUGGCUGAAUUUACUGAUGAAGAUUUUAAAGAUGUUGCUGAGUGUAAUGUUCCUGAACAACUCCCGAUUGAUUUAGUUGCUAAGUUCCUUAUUUGUAUAAUUCAUCUAAGAUCCAAUGCAGCAUUUAUGCCUUUACUUGAAAAUUUGAAAGCAGAAAAUCCUGAAGAGGUCGGUGAUUUAUUUCUUGAUGUGGCUGAAGCUUUGAUGGAAACAAAAGAAUAUGAGUCUGCAAAAAAAUUACUACAAAUACUCAUAUCAUCUUCAUCAUAUAACUUGGCUGCUGUUUGGAUGAAAUAUGCAGAUUGCUUGCAUGCAUUAUCUGAAACUGAUGCAGCCAUUCAUGCUUAUGGAAAAGUCAUUCAAAUGUCUCCUACCUACCAAGAUGCUCGCCUUUCUUUAAGCAAAAUAUUCUUAGAUUUAGGCCGAAAAGAAGAGGCUAUGAGCAUUUUAAAACAAGAUUUUGAAUCUGGAAGUGAGCUAUCUGUUUUGGGGGCUGAGGCAUUGUAUCAACGAUGCAAGCUUUUAGAAUCUGAAGAACGAUGGGAUGAGUUCAUCACUACAGGUGUUUUGUUACAAUACAGCCACUGCCAACAUUUAGAAACAGAAGAAGAGUUCACUGCUGUAAUCAUGAAUCAGACUUGCAGAAGACGUAUUGAAGCUCUGAGGGAAUUGAAAACGAAAAAUAACAAACCAUCUAUUGAAGUGAUUGGAGAAAAUGUUGCUGCUUCAGAACUGUAUAGCAUCUUUAAAAAAGUUUGUAACAAGUUAUUAGAAAAAAAGCGUUUUGAAGACCUCCAAAAUCUUUCCCUUGCGGUUUUAUCAUCUGUCUUGUUUAUGAAGAAACUUGGCCUUGCAAAAGAACUGGAAUUUCAAGCUCUCCUUAGCUGUUAUUACAACAACAAUGCUCAAUUCUCAUAUUUGCUUUGUAGAGAUUUAGUGUUAAAGAACCUUCAUAACAACAAAGUCUGGAAUCUCUUUUGCCUUAUAUUGAAUCGUAACCAAGAAACUCGACACAAUAAGUUCUGCUUACGUCUUAUGAUGAAGCACCAAGACCAUUUAGCUUUAGGGUUUUUUAAUGGACACAAUGCCAUGAUAUCUGGAACCUACAAACAUGCUCUUGGUGAAUAUAUGUGUAUUUUAAAAGAGCAUCCAAAUGAUUCAUUCAUAACAUUUUGUGUUGGCAUAACUUUCAUUCAUAUGGCUUGCCAAAAAUUUGCUACAAAACGUCAUUUGUUAACUGUACAGGGUUUUGCAUUUCUCCUAAAAUAUUUAAAACUGAAAGGAGAAUGCCAGGAAACAUUAUAUAACAUAGGAAGAGCAUUUCAUCAAUUAGGUAUCAAAGAUCUUGCUGUUCAUUAUUAUAAAAAAGCUUUGAUGGCACCAAAUUUCAUAAAUGGACCUGACAAGGAUACAUUUGAUCUGAGACGAGAAAUCGCCUACAAUUUAUGCUUAAUUUAUAAAUCAACUGGUGCUUUGGACCUUGUUUAUUUAUACUCUCGAAAGUAUAUUACUGUAUAAUAUUCCUAUUUUGUUUGUUUUAUGAAGAAGAAAAAAUCUUGUAAAUAUUGUAAAUAAACUCUUUUGUUGUCA